AUGACGACCUCAAGCUCACCGCAGCUCCCACCCCUCCUCCGCCUUCCUCCCGAACUUCAACUCGAAAUCCUAAUCUUCCUCCCCCGCUUCGACCAAAUAAUAGCCACCCAAGUUUGCACCACUUUCCGUCAUCUCCUCUCCACCAGACUAAUCACCCAAACCCACUACCCGGCCGUCUCCCUCUCCGGCAGACGUAGUGUUCCCGAUCCAUCUUCUUCUUCUUCUCCUGAAACCCUCCACUCCGCUUUCCCACGCACCCAUUUCCUACUCGAAGAGAGUACUUCGGGCGACAACGGAGUUUUGAUAUUCACCGCCAAAGGUGGCAAAGUUGAGAAUUACAUCUAUAUACAUGGAGAUGAACAUACCGAACAAGAAGGAGAAUUAUGGGACGAAGAUGUUGAGGAGUUGGAUAGUGAGAUAAAACUUGCAUUGAUAAAAGAGAGGGGUCGUGCUGCUAUUAACCCUAAAACCGACGUGGACGGUGAAAUUGAAUCCACGGAAUCGACCAUAUCAACAUCUACACUAGUUGAUCAAAAGGAUCAAAUUCCCGGUCCAGGCGACCCACUAGACAUCGACUACGAAGGAUGGGACUCCCCCACGGUUGUAUUCUUCGCGGAAAACAAAUUCGUCACAAGAUUCACAGGAGGGAGGAACCUAACAAACUCCUCAUCACUCGAUCAACCGUUCAUCUGUCCGUUUACAGCGGUUCCAACUGUACCGGACGAAAAUGAGGAAAUGAAAUUUAAGUUCGAAUUGGAUCUUUACAAGGACGAAUUGCUGGAAGGCCCCAAAGCACCGCAUACCACAAAAUGGGAGGAAGGGUUGGCGUUUAAACGGGAUGCGAGUGUUAGGGAUUGGAUUACGAAGCUGAUUGAAAGGAUUUAUGUUCAGGCUGUGGAGGAAGGAGUAACAAUGGAAGAGAAGGUUUGGGCGACUGUUCAGGUGGCGAGGCUUAGGAGCCAGGAUGCUUGGAUUAUUACGACUGUGUUAUUGAGGGUUUCGGUCGAAGCGAGGAAGGAGAUGGUCUGGGUACGAAGGAAGAAUGGUCAUUUCUUACUGGUUAAGAAGGAAAUGUGGGAUAAAAGGGCCGGGUGGGAUUUUGAUAGUAAGAAAGAGAAGAAGAAUGAAGACAAGGAAGGAAAGGGUAAAGACGAAGAGGAUGGUAGGAGGAUAUCAUACUGCUGA